AAUGCCUCCAUCAUAACUGGCACCAAAACUUCACACACUGUCAACCGGCACCCCCUUCUUCUCGAACAAAACUUUAAUUGCCCCAUAUCAUAUUAUCUGUCCAAUUAAGUGUGACAUUGAUUUCUUGAUCAUUAUAAUGGCCUCCUUUUGGUUUCUUACAGCACUUAUUGUGCCUCUAGUGAUCUUUCCUUUGCCUUCUUCUUCUUCUUCUUCUUCCACUCAGCUAAAUUCGAAAACCUCUCCUUAUCCUAUCUCCACUUCACCAGCAUUCUUAACCAAAUCUCCUCCAAUACCUCCUUUCCAAGAACUGUCACCAGACAUUGCUCCACUACUGCCUUCCCCUGGUGGUGUGCUGCCUUCCCCAACCGUAUCGUCCGUUCCCACCAUUCCAUCCACCCCAAGCCCGCCUAAUCCAGAUGAGGUGGUCGCAUCAGGGCCUGAUUCUGCGUUCUCGCCCCUAGGAGCAUUGCUGGCUUCCUCUGCAGCACCUCGAAACUUGAUAAACUCGGUUAUUGUUGCGGGGUUUAUAGCAUAUCGGUCAAUUCAGCUGUUUAGAAUGUGAGUCGUUUGGUGGCUAAAUGAUCCGAACCUUCUGAAAGGAGUAAUUGAUUUUAUGGUUCUACUGUUUCCAUGUUCAUCUUUGAAGUAAAAAGCAUAAUGUAAGUAGUUAUUAUUCUUCUGAUGAGUUCAUGCAUUGCCAUAGAUUGUCCUUUUUUGUAAGGUAAACCAUCUUAAAUCAUGAACUGGUUGCAGUCUUUAAUAUCUGCAUCUCUUGAGAA